AGCGCCAGCACGCGACCGUUACUGAACAGUACGUACCAGAUGUACGUACAUACUCCUGGAGCCGCUGUUACGCGUGUGUGCCUCAUCCUCGACACAACUGUCUCAGCAUGUUGGCGUUAAUAGCGCUGGCGGUUGUGUGCUCCGCCAUGGCAGUACUAUCGGGACUACAACCACGCAAGGUGGACUGCGACCAACGCCGAGCCGACACAAAGUCCGUGUACGACUUCCACAUCACCGAGCUCUCUGGAGAACGCAUAAUGAACCUGUCUCAGUACCGAGGCCACGUUCUGCUGCUGGUCAACGUGGCUACCUACUGCAGGCUCACCUACACCUACAAGGAACUGAAUGCGCUGCAGGAGAAAUUUGGGACCUUGAACUUUACGGUGAUUGGCUUUCCCUGCAACCAGUUUGGCAAGCAAGAGCCCGGCAAGGAUCUGGAGAUUCUGAACGGCAUCCGUUACGUGCGGCCGGGCAAUAACUUCACGCCUAAAUUUCCCUUGACGAAGAAAAUUGCAGCGAACGGUAUUCUAGAGCAUCCAUUGUACACUUACCUGAAGCGCCGCUGUCCGUCACCGGUCUCCCGAUUUCAACCGAAAGAGGCGCUCUUCUACACGCCCCAGGACAGCAGCGAUGUCCGCUGGAACUUCGAGAAAUUCCUCAUUGGUCGCAACGGAAGUCCACUUCGGCGAUACGAGCCUGACUACCUCCCACUGGCCAUGGUCCGCGACAUUGAGGAAGUAAUGGGCCAUGGAAACGUACAGCCGAAGCAAUCGCAAUCCCUCCAUGUCUAACCGCACUCGCUACCACCGUGAACUCUCUCCACAUAAACGAAAACUAACGCGGGUAAACGCGCAAAAAAAAAACCCACAGGUUCCCUUAUGCAUUCGCCUAAGACGACUCUUGUUCUUGUUCACCUAUAUUUAAGACGACUCGAACUCGAAAGCCGUGUUCUUCUUCUACUCAAUCGAUGUAUUGAUCCUGGAACUAAGUUAAAACUGCGCAGUAAGAUGCGAACACCGCGAGCAGAGCAUUGCAACCGCCUGUACCUUUGCUCACGAUCCUGCGUUCCGUUUUCACGUGAAAGCAAGCACUUAACCAGUACAGUUACUAUAGUCGUAAUUUUCUUCAAGACAUUGCGCCUACAUUUGUCAAGAUAAAUUGGAAGAGACCGAAAGAACAAAACAUUAAGCAGAACUCUUGUCACUGCGUUGAAUAAGUGCUCGAUGAGCAAACCUUUCAACAGCAU